AUGUGUAUAAAUAUAUACUACGGAAUUAUGAAGAGAGAGCACGGUGGAGGAGAUGAUGAUCGUUAUGGAGGGCGACAUAAGAGGCAGCGUGCUGAUGGUUUCUCUGAGGCUCUGGCUCAGGGCAAGUUUGAACUACGACUCUUAGUGAGCAGUAAAGCUGCGGGAGCUGUGAUUGGCAAGGGUGGCGAAAAUAUCAAAAGAAUUCGCAGUCAGUUCGAUGGCCACAUCUCUGUCCCCGAUUCGAAUACACCUGAACGGGUUAUUACGAUGACAAGCAGUAUCGAAAACGUAUUGAAAAUGGUGGAGGAUGUAUUGCCGAGAUUGGAUGACGGUUCUAACGAGAGAGACAAGGCCGAGAUUCGUGUGCUUGUUCACCAAUCUCAUGCUGGUGCUCUUAUCGGUAGGCAAGGAGCUCGUAUAAAAGAACUCCGAGAAAAGACUAACACUCGUAUAAAGGUGUUCCAAGAUACCGCACCCCAAUCUAGUGACCGGAUUGUUGUGAUUGGUGGAGACGAAUCAGCCAUUCUUGAUGCUGUCCGUAGAAUUAUUGAGGAUCUUCGCAACAUACCCAUUAAGGGCCCUGCUAAUCCCUACUCGUCUUUCAACUACGACCACAUUAAUUUUAGCAAGUACGGUGGAUAUGCUCCUAUUGGUUUCACACCUGCUCCUCCUGGUAGAGGCCCCCCUGCAGGUCGUGGACCUUCCGGAAUGAAUCGCGGAGGUUACAAUAAUGGCCCUCCACCUCAAAUGGGAGGUAACCGUGGAUAUGGUCCAGGUCCUGGUAUGGGUAACAUGGGAGGUAUGAUGGGAAUGGGAGGACCUCCACCUAUGCCUGUACCUCCUCCACAGCAGUCAUCCUACAUGAACCUCAUGCAGGUAAAAACAAACGGCCCUCCUUCAAUGUAUGGUGGACAGAGACAAGGACCGCCAAUGAGUGGUUAUGGUGGCCCUCCACAAAUGAACGGUUACGGUGGACCACCAGCUCCUCAAGGCAUUCAAACCACACAGGUCACUAUUCCCUCAGACCUGGGAGGAACCAUCAUCGGUCGUAAUGGAGAAAGAAUAAACAAAAUACGGGAUGACUCUGGUGCCAACAUAACUCUAGAAAAGUCAACUGGUGCCGCUGAACGUAUAAUAACGAUAUCUGGGACAGCGGAACAGAUCCAUACUGCCCAAUAUUUGUUACAACAAUGCGUUCGUUCUUCGGCCCAAGGACGAAAGUACUAUGACGGGUCGCGUUAA